ACACGGCGCUGGCGUCCAUUGUUCCCGUCCACCGUCAUCACACCAUGAUGCGAGUGAUUCUGUCAGAAAGCUGAGCCCACAUUCGAUUUUCACGGGAGAUCGGCGUGUUUUCUUUUGGCUGGUGUCAAACUUUCCCAAAACAAAAAAACCCUACUGCUGUUUCACUUGCACUGAUAAGCCAAUAACUGAGUGGUUGGCCGUGAAUCUCCGCUUAAAUGGCGUCACCGAACGACCCAUUUCAAUUUCAAGAAUUUGAAGAGAGCAAACUGUUGGCAUCUGACAGAGAUUCAACCACCAUCGACAUUGAGGAUGAUUUUGGAAACCAAAAGUCACAUGGUGGUUUCACUCCCAACAUUGAUAAUGACAACCCCAUGGCUGAAGAUGACAAAGCUGAGCUUCUCUCUGGGGAGAAGAAAAGCACCCCUUUCUGGACUUUUGAGUACUACCAACAGUUUUUUGACGUCGACACGAGCCAUGUAAGGGAAAGAAUCAUUGGAUCAGUGCUUCCCUGGCCGGGAAAGAACUUCAUUCACGUGUACCUUCGCAGAAAUCCCGAUCUUUACGGACCGUUUUGGAUCUGCACCACUCUUGUGUUCGCCAUCGCCAUCAGUGGAAACAUCUCCACCUUUCUGGUGAAUUUGGGCAAGGCAAACUACAGAUACACACCUGAGUUUGGAAAAGUGACCAUCGCUGCGACGGCAAUCUUCAGCUACGCUUGGCUGGUCCCUCUCGCCCUUUGGGCUUUCUUGCUAUGGAGGAACAACAAGAUCAUGAACUUGGUGUCAUAUUCCUUCAUGGAGGUUGUCUGCGUGUACGGAUACUCCCUUUCCAUAUACAUUCCCGCCGUGGUUCUGUGGAUCAUCCCGUUUGAGUGGCUGCAGUGGCUCACCGUCCUGGUGGCGCUGUGCCUGUCCGGCUCCGUCCUGGUCAUCACCUUUUGGCCCGCCGUCCGCGACGAUCAGCCCAAAAUUAUCGCGGCAGUCAUGUUGGCCAUCGUCCUUCUCAACGUCCUCCUCGCCGUUGGUUGCAAAGCGUAUUUCUUCAGCAAACCAGAAACGAUGCCAGUGCCCGACCAAGUGGUGACGACAGUGCUCAACACAUCCAUGACAUGAGAAGUUUUUCCGAAGCCGUUCCCGAAUUGCAGCGUCUCCUGUUGCCAUAAUCGAGAGAAUCGGGUUGCGGUGUGCCGAUGAAAUCAUGGGCCGUCUGGAUUUCGCCUCAUAACCUACUGUAAGGGGUGCGCUUGGUGCACCGCUACCAAGUAUGUUCUUUCUAAGGGGGUCGGGGUGUGCUGUGGCAAUAUGGAUUUCCAUUUGUAGUCAGAAUGUGACACACACAAAAAAAAAAAAGACUUUGGAUGAAUAUUACGGUUGCGGGAUUUGGACAGCAGACCUCGGAAUUGUCAAUACUGUAUGGAUGUAUUUCAUUUUCUUUACUAGCACUACUGUUGACAAAACUUUGGAAGUCUAUUAGCGCCACACUGAAGCAAUGACAAGUGCAAAAAUGGAAUUACAGAGCAAAGUUAUGUCAUAACUUUGAGGGAAAAGGCAGUGUUGCAGGGGAAAAAAAAGUUGUUAGAGUAAAAUCAUAAUAUGAGGAUAAAGGUGUAAUUUUUGAAGAAUAAACUUGUAAUAUUAUGAAGAUGAAGUUCCAUGAGAAUAAAUUCGCAAUUUUACAAGAAUAACAGUACUGGGAUUUUUUUUUUUUUUUUUUAACGCAUCUUUAUGACAACUGUAUCAUUCUAAUAUUUCAAAAUUGCCCUUCGGUGUGAUUGUGAGUGUGACUGUUGCCUUAUCUCCAUGUGCCCUGUGAUUUGACUGUCAACCAGUUAGGGGCGUACCCCGCCUCCUGCCCCAAGAAAGCUGGGAUAGGCUCCAGCAAUUCUGCGACCCUUGUGAGGAUAAUCGGCUGAGAAAAUGUAUGGAUUUUUGGAAUCUUUUUAUUUUUUAUUUUUUAGUUGAUCUGUAGUCUACUUUAUUGCUUUAUUGUGGUAAUAUCCCCAUUAUGUGAAGUCAUAAUUACAAGAGCAGAAGAUUACAAAGAUGUAAUAAGACAAGAAAAAUGAUGUAAUUUUACAUGAAGCGUUCAUCCGACGAAAAAUAAUAAUGUGGGGAUAAAGUCAUAGUUUACGACAGUUUCAUGAAUUUUUCCCCCUUAUAUUGCGACACUUUUGUACAUUUUUUUUUUCAUAAAACUAGUACAUAAUUUUACUUAUUUAUUUUAUAGUUACAUCUUCAUUCUUUGAAUAUACAUUGCCAAUCAUUCUUGCAACAUGACCCCUGUGUGGCCCUUCUACAUGUUUACACAAAAAGCAAUUGCAAAGUUCCAAAAAAAGUAACAUCUUUUGUUGAAUAAUUCAAUUUUGAUAAUUGAAGAACUACAUUUGUUUGAAAAUUUAUGGGCUCGCUAAUGAAUUGUUACAUUUAUAGAUCAAAAGUUGGGGAAAAUAAAGGUAUCUACCGUUGUGAAUUCAGUUUUAGACACCAGUGACUUGGAGAAACCCUAAGUCAAAAAAAAAUGUGACUUUUCCUUGUUAAUCAGCAGCAGCUAAGUGCAUCUUAGGCCGCCGGGACAUUUCAUAAUUUUACGAUAAAUAUUUAGUCGAGCGGCUGUCAGCCGUAACUUCUAAAUGUGACGUUUUCCGGCUGUCAAAUAGAUUUUUUUUUUAAGGAAUAGUCAAUAGGUUGGGAAUUUUUUUAGACUUUGUAAAUAAUUAACGUGUGAGAACAAAAUGUUGAAUUGUAAAACAAUACAGUUCGGAUUCUGAGAUGAAAGUAAUCAUUUUACAAGAAAAUUUGACCUGUGCCCGAAUGAAGUAAAAUC